CUCUCGUGUUCCCCCGGAUGCGUGUUUACUCAGUCUCCUCUCUCCACCCUUGAAAUGAGAGAGUUACAGAGUGGAAGGGACAUCGUUUUGCAAGAAAACCUCCACGAACGGACAUCCAAGAUCAAGACUGGGCGACAGGCGAGGGCAAAGCGCGAAGAGUCAAGGUGUACCGCUUGGAUAAAUUGAUUUGACACCAAGGUCAAUUAUAUUUCUAUAAAAAAAACUUCAGACACGGAGAAAUCACGAACCUCUGAGGAUGGAGCAGGCAUACGGGGCUGGCAAGGCUGGUGGCACCUUCGAUCCAAUUACGUUCUUUCAGCAACCGCAGACUAUUCUUCGAAUAGUAUCAUGGAUCUUUUCCAUUGUGAUCUUUGGAUGCAUUGCUAACGAGGGCUACGUGAACCGACCAGAUGAGGUGGAGGAGUAUUGCAUCUUUAACCGCAACCAGAACGCCUGUAACUAUGCCGUGGGUAUGGGAGCCCUGGCCUUCCUCUGCUGUGCCGCUUUUAUGGCACUGGACGUCUACUUUCCUCAGAUAAGCAGCGUUAAAGACCGCAAGAAGGCUGUGUUAGCUGAUAUUGGCGUUUCAGCCUUCUGGUCUUUUGUGUGGUUUGUGGGAUUCUGUUUCCUGGCCAAUCAGUGGCAGGUGGCUAAACCAGAAGAUAACCCCCUUAAAGAGGGUGGAGACGCAGCCAGAGCGGCCAUCACCUUCGCGUUCUUCUCCAUAUUUACUUGGGCCGGUCAAGCAUUUUUCGGAUUCCAGAGGUACAAGUUAGGCGCGAGCUCAUCUCUCUUCUCUCAGGACUAUACCGAUCCCAGCCAGGAUCCCGCAGGAGCGCCUGCCGCAGGCACAGAGUACACAGGAUACAACGCAGACAUGGAGGCUAAUUACGACGGCUCUGGUGGAUACCAGAACCAAGACUACUAAGGUCGAGUAUAAGGAUGUACACAACAGCCUUAACAAGCUAGGCUGAUUCGGUUAUAUGGGGAAAACAAAAUAUUUGAGGUGAAAAGGACAAACAGGAACUUUGGGCACUUGGGGUAGAAUAUGGGGACCAAAGCAGGUUGACAGGAAUUCAGGGGUUUGUUUGGUGCUAUAAGAACCCCUUGUAGAAUUAACUUUUGGUGACGAUACAUGAAAAAUAAAUGUUUCAUUAAGUCUAUAAUAAAAUAUGAUAUUUUACAAUUUAGAGACUGUGGCACAUGAUCUCUAGAAAGUUUUUUUUUUUUGGUGCCACCAGUAAUUUUUGCCUUCAAUUUUGGGUUUGUGGGUUUGGGGUUGAUCAAAAUGAUUGGUCUUCAUGUGUGUCCAUCCUGAGUAAACCGUGGUGUCUGUUAUCAAAUACAGGACUUAAAUGGUUGGUUUAGUAUACUUAAUCCAGAUUUGUGAAAAGAAAUCUAAACUAAACUGAUGGAGCUUUAACAGUCUCUAAAACAGUCGUAGAGUGAGAAAACCUGCCCAAACUAAAUGUUUCUAAAGACCACAGUGUCUUUCUGUUGUAAGGUGUAGGUGGUUCAAUGCAAGAUUUCAUUAACCCUUAACCUGUCACUAGAACAGAUACUUCAUUGAUAGCUCUCUGCUGCCAUUUUGUCAGUGUCCAAGGAUCUUUAAAGAUAAGUUGUAACAAUAUCAUGUCUGGAAUUUAAUAAGUCUCUGCACUGUUGGCAUAGAACGUACCAAAAGAGAAACUGAAUAGAAUAGCCUAUAAUGUAAUAAAGUGAAAAAAUAUUGAGUAUAGCCUACUUAAGGUGAAUUUUUGAGAGCUGCUGAACUCAAAGGGUUUUUUUGUUUGUUUGUUUUUUCCAGCUUUGAUUGCAUUAUUUAAGGUUUGUUUCUUUACACAAAGACAAUAUUCCAUAUGUACAGAGGCCCAAAACAGUAUUUGGACUCUUAAGCAACAGUUAAAUAGCAUAUAUGUGUCCCUGGACCACAAAACCAGUUUUAAAUAGCACAGGUAUAUUUGCAGCAAUAGCCAAAAAUAUACUGCAUGGGUCAAGGUUAUUGAUUUUUAUUUUAUGCCAAAAAUCAUUAGGUUAUUAAGUAAAGAUCAUGUUCCAUGAAGAGAAGACAUUUUGUAAAUUUCCGGCCAUAAAAAUAUCAAAACUUAAUUUUUGAGUAGUAAUAUGCAUUUGAUUAGUAAUAUGAGCUUAAUUUUUUCAUUUUUGUUUUGUUUUUUUUUUGCACCCUCAGAUUCCAGAUUUUCAAAUAGUUGUAUCUUGGCCAAAUGCCGUGAACAAACCAUACAUCAGUGGAAAGCUUAUUUAUUCAGUUAUUAUGUCUGUCAUUGCACAAAAUUUGAAAACAAUUCAUUUUUAAAGACAUCACAAGCACACUUUUCAGGCAAAGCAGAUUCCAUUUAAAUGAACGAAUUUAGCCCACAAACAUUGCCCGAACAGCACUGAAUGAUGGUGCAAGUCAGUGUUGCCAAGUCCACGGUUUACUGCGGAAUUGGGCUACUUUAACACUGUUGCCGCGGGUUGAAGCGACCCCAAUAACGUGAUAUUUAGCCCCUGGAAUACUAAUUUUACCCAGGGAAUCCUGCCAAAAAACACAAUUUUUAUCGGGGGGACCCCCUCGAAAUGCCAUUGUUCUACUGUUGGGGUAAUUUUGAGUAGCGAAUAGGCAGGUUUUCUUGUGAAAACCUGGCAAUGCUGGCAAGUCGUAUAACAACGUCAGGUGCAUUCAAGUCGCUUUGGUCAUUCAUUUGCGUUAAACUCGUAACUACGAUCUAUUCGACAUGACUUGAACGCAACAUGUGACCACAUAUGUGGUUACUCUACUAGGAUACCUGUGUGAACUUGAGGAGAAAUGACUUCAAGCAUAAACUAAAAUUACCUUGUGCAUUUUUAAGUGUGACUUAAGAGUCCAGAUUUGAUUUAGGGCCGUUGUCCAUGUCGUUUUUAUCAUAGUAAACGUUUACAUUUCUAUGACAGUGAUCGAGACAUAAUGACCUUGGACGCUGUUGAUGUCUUUUAAUCACGAAUGUAAACAAUGUGGUGCAACAAAAAUUCAUGAGACUUUGAAACACUUCUUUGAGAGGGAAAAUGGCCGGGCUAACACUCAAGUUGUAUACUAAUGCUUUAUGCUUCACUCAGAAAUGUGAACAAAAAUGAGGCAGAGUCCCUGAGCAUGAUAAAUUAGCACAUUGUCUAAAGAUGACAAAUUAGUGCUAAUGACUAGCAGAAGACAAAUCCAGCCAAUACCUCACAAUUAUGCUAGGAAGAACAGACUAAUAGACUUCAUUUCAAUGCUAAUGUGUCAAAGGCAAAUGGUCAUGUCAUUAUAAUGGUCUGUCAUUUGUGGAAAUAUUAUUCAGAAUUAUGUAUGCUAAUGAGUUCCUUUGUAGCACCCCUAGUAUUGUUCUCUGGCAGUCUCUUUUUUAUCAUUUCAUUUUUACAUUUUUGAUCAUAGUUACUGUAAUCAUUCUUGCACUAGAGCAGCAGCAUUGUGCAUUACAGAUAAAUGAUUUUUUUUUUAUUUUAAAUUAAGUUAUGAAGAACAUGUUCAUAAUUAUGUACCUGAAUAUAUAAAACCAGCAUAUUUUUAUUUAAUGACAGAGAUGUAAUAUAAUCAAGUACACAAAAUAUCUUUAUAAAUUUAUUACCAAAAUAACUGUCAAAAAUAAUAAUAUCAAUUGUGUAUUUUGCUUUUAAAGGUGUUGUAGAAUAACAUUUAUCCUUUCUCUGUUUAGGAAGUGACAUUGUUUUCUGAAUCAGGAAAAUUUUUCUCUUAUAUUUUAUUUCUUGUUGAAACUUCUAAAAAAGCAAAGCUACAAUACAAUCAACAUAUUAUAUAAGUGAUGUAUCAGAUGUGUUCUUAUAUAAUGUAUAUGUGCAGUUAUGGAGCUGGGAUACAAAAUAUUGUAAAUUCUUUUGAUGUGGUGACUGUCCAUUAACUCAAUCGCUAGGUUAAAAUGGCUCAGUGUAUUUUGUCCUGUCUUGUAUGUUGCUUGUCUGGUAAGACGUCUGAAAUAGCUGACAAUAAAAGAAAUUGACUGAU